CGACGCCAUUUUGCGAACGGCGAGCAGCGGCAGCGGCGCGGAGAGCGCAGCGGAGGUUUUGCUGGUUUCGGACCCCAGCGGCCGGAUGGUGAAAUCCUCCCUGCAGCGCAUCCUCAACAGCCACUGCUUCGCCCGAGAGAAGGAGGGGGAUAAAUCCAGCGCCACCGUCCACGUCAGCCGCGCCAUGCCGCUCCUCAGCUUGCACAGCCGCGGCGGCCGCAGCAGCGGGAGUUCCAGGCUGUCCGGCAGCUGCUGUAGUCACCUGGGUCCAGGGCCUCGGUGGUGCUCCGAUGUCCCUCACCCACCCCUGAAGAUCCCAGGUGGGCGAGGGAAUAGUCAGAGGGAUCACAAUCUUUCAGCUAAUUUAUUUUACUCGGAUAAUCGGCUGAAUGUAACAGAGGAACUAACGUCUAACGACAAGACGAGGAUCCUUCACGUGCAGACGCGGCUCCGCGACGCCCGGCAGGUGGACUGGAGGGCGGUGCUGCGCGGCGGCUCCCUGUACAUCGAGAUCCCGGGCGGGGCGCUGCCCGAGGGCAGCAAGGACAGCUUCGCAGUGCUGCUGGAGUUCGCCGAGGAGCAGCUCCGCGCCGACCACGUCUUCAUCUGCUUCCACAAGAACCGCGACGACAGAGCCGCCCUGCUCCGGACCUUCAGCUUUCUGGGCUUUGAGAUUGUGAGACCGGGGCACCCCCUUGUCCCCAAGAGACCCGAAGCUUGCUUCAUGGCCUACACCUUCGAGCGGGAGUCCUCCGGGGACGAGCAGUAGCGGGGACCCCGCGCCCGGAGCCUGCGUCCCCCCGAGCCGCGCGGCGGGUGACAGCGGCGCCGGGCGGAGGUCGGGCCGCUCCCCGCUGUGUCCGCGUGUCGUGAUUGUGCAAAUAAACGCUCACUGCAAAUCAGCGGUGUGUUCCUGCAGUUCAACGUCGUGUUUGCGAGACUGAAGUGUUUGCUUUAAAUCUAAAUAAAAGUUUAUAUUUUACGUUUUUA